GCGAGGAGGAGCCAGCAGCGCCGCCCGGCUGGGCCGGGACAGGGGCUCCGCGACCGCCCCAUGGAGAGCGGGGGCGCUGGCUGCAGCCGCUUGCCCGGCCCGGCAGGCAGCGAGCGGGAGCCGCAGCCCGGGGAGGAAGCGCCGCCGGAGGCCGAGUCCGACUGGAGCUUUAUCGACUGCGAGAUGGAGGCGGUGGCGCUGCAGGACCUGCCCACCGCCACCAUCGCCUGCAACCUGGACCCGCGCCUCUUCCAGGACAGCCUGUGCCGGAAUGGCCUACAGCUAAUCUUCCUAAGAAAACCUGAAUGUUCAUCUCCAAGGGUUUUCAUAUGCCUCGUUAGAAGAAUCACUGUAGAUUCUGCCUCCCCUCUCCUUAAUUUCCAGGCCAAAUUUGAAUCUCUCUUUAGAACAUAUGACAAAGAUAUCACCUUUCAGUAUUUUAAGAGCUUCAAAAGAGUACGAAUAAACUUCAGCAACCCUUUAUCAGCAGCAGAUGCUAGAAUCCAGCUACAUAAGACAGAAUUUCUUGGAAAGGAAAUAAAACUGUAUUUUGCUCAGACUUUGCACAUUGGAAGCUCGCGUUUGGCUCCACCAAAACCAGACAAACAGUUUUUGAUUUCACCUCCAGCCUCUCCUCCUGUUGGUUGGAAACAAGUAGAAGAUGCUACGCCAGUCAUUAACUAUGACCUUCUCUAUGCUAUCUCCAAGCUAGGGCCAGGGGAAAAAUAUGAACUCCAUGCUGCAACUGACACUACUCCCAGUGUUGUUGUCCACGUAUGUGAGAGUGACCAGGAAAAUGAAGUGGAGGAGGAAGAGGAAGGCACGAAGAAACCCAAACCAAAAAUUAUUCAGACAAGAAGGCCGGAGUAUACUCCUACUCAUUUAAGUUGAAGUAAUUCUAACUUUCAAGGGUUUCAAGUAGACGUAUACAAGAAAAAUGCUUACUAUGAAAGUGUCAGGUCACAAUUUUGGUGGCAGUGGCUGCAGCAGUAGUAGGAGAAAUUCCAAUGUAAUGUUACUCAGAAAAACACCGGAAGUUUCCUCAUUGUUUUUAAUGCUGCACAUUGGUUAAUAUGUAUGGAACCUAAAAUCAACUUCCAGAUCAGAGUUAGGGUGAUCAGAAAAAGGCAUUUUGAGAAAGAAUUGAUAUGCUGAAGAUACCUUUUUAAGGAAUCCUAGGCUGUUCCAUUAUAAAACAGAUGGGGAAAGCUUUCUUUGUUCUAUCUCACAUGAUAUGCCUCUAAUUCAUAGGCUAAACAUAUGUGAAGUACAUGUGAUACUGAGAGGGUUUAAAGAUAUGGGAAUUGUAAACAUUUUUCUUAUGUUAGGUUGUUUUGUGCAUGUGUAUUACUGAUGUUCAAAAAUAACUUUGCAUUGUUUUCUAUAUAGUUUCUCACUUCACGCUUUUUGAAAUCUGGGAAGUUGUCUUCAAUGCUUAUCUCUCAGCAUCCUGGGUCUCUUACUGUAUGUAUGUUUUAUUGGUACUCAGUUUCCAGUGGACAUACAAUUUAUGUAGCACCUUAUUUUGGUGCAAUAUAAUUUGUGCUUUUAAAAUUUUAAUCUGUUAUUAAAUGCUUAUGUGGGGUUUUGUCUAGCAAAGUUAUGGAAAAAAUUGUGCAAUAGGAAAAUUGUUCAAGUGGAUUUUAAAUUAUUUAAACUUUUAAGUUAUAUGUUUUUAAGUAAUACUGGUUCAAUUAUUUUGAUUUUCUCCUUUUGAAAAACAAAAUUCUUAAACAUAAAUAAAGCUAGUACUGUAUCUUCACAGCAGUGUACAGUUUUCAGUGAGAAGUAUGGCAAUGGAAGAUAACCUGAGCUGUAUUACUCUUUACAUUAACUUGUACAUUUUAGCUGGUGCAGUUACACAUUUUAACAGUGAUUCAACACACAUGAUGUGAAAUAGAUGACAGAUGUGUGGUAUAUUUGAGAGGGAUGGAGUGCCUUUUCCCCAUUAAUUUGUGAUGGGAUUGUUAUACUAGCUGAACACUUGUAUUUUUUUCUAAUAGCUGUGUCUGUCCAAUAAGUAUGUAUUCUCUUUUGGCUUUGUUUCCAAAACAAGCUGGCAUUUAAAAAUGCUUAGUACCAAGUAAUAAUGCAUGCUUUACCAGUUCAGGUGAUGGCUUGCUGUGGGAACAGACAAGCUUUCAUUGUGUUUGGUUUGGGUACUGUUUUAAGGACAGUGGUGAAUGAUGUACAAGCUUUCUGUCAUGUUUACAUAACAAACAAAUACAUGCUAUACCAGUUCAAGUGUUUCCAAGAAUCUGCUUUUAAAAUGGAGAUUCUAACUUUGGAAAAUUUUAAUACUUUUUAAAAAUACACUAAUAUAUUGACAAAAAUAUACUGUUGGGGGAGGACAUGUUUCUCUUUUAGAAGGAGAGUUAUUUUGGGGGUUCAGUCAUGUCUUUAUUUCUAAAAACCUUGAUCCUCUUUUUGAAGUCAGUGAGAACUUUGCCAUUAGCUUCAUUAGUAGUAGGACUAGGCUCGGGGUGAGCAUUGUAGCUGUUGUUUCAUUAAAAUGAUAUGCAUUAUUAUGUGCCAUUUGUAGUUAAUGUUGGCUUGGAGGCCCAACAUAAUACACUUUGGAGUAGAAAUAGAACAAAUAUUAUAAAGAAUACAAUACUGUAUGUACUGCUGAAUUUGUACAAUCAUUCCAACUGAUGAUACAGUAUAGACUCCACACUACUAAAAGCCUACCAUUGUGCUGACCAAGACACACAAUGUUACUGUGACCAAAGAGAACAGAAACCUGUUAAACCUCAGUAAUAGUCUGAAGUUGUAGGGCCUUAUUCUCAUGGAUUAGACUUACAGUACAUAUGCAUGCACACAGACUGAUGCUGACUUUUGGUUCCUAUCUGUGACAGAGAGAGAGAGAUACGCUCUCCCCGUGUAUGUUAUGCUAUUUGACACAAAGUUUGCAGGUGUAGAAUGUCACCCAGCAUAGCUUUAGGUCAGGCUCUGUUUUACUGCUGAUUUCAUAUAGUGUAUAAAUACAGGGGCACACGAGCUACUUUUGUGUUACUGAAGUGUAAACAUCAGACUGCAAUGCAUGACAUUCUUUGUUCUUUUUAUAUUUUAAGUGCAAUGACCAAACUAGAGAAACAUCGAAGUACACAAAUGUCUCUAGUAUAGCUUUCUAAGGCUUCUCAUGUAGCCCAAGACACUGCUGCUAGAUUUGAUGCAGAUGUUUUAUAUUUGCCCUUCAUUCAGCACAAAAUCUUUGGCCUAAUUUCUGUAGCAUUCUCCUCCACCUCCUCUUCUGCUACCAGCAUAGACCCUGGACACUAGGUGCUGUUACUGUUGCCUCUAUGGGACUGCCAAGAUGCAUCACUUAUCUUCAAUAGAAAAGAGAAUGUAAAACAAACAGUGACAUGAUUUUGAAUAUUGGUACACAUUGAUCCAUUCUGCAUGAUGGAGGUUGAAGGUAGUCAUUCAGAAUCAGAACUAUGAAUUAUUUGGGCUGGCUGCAGUGUCUGCUACUCCCAACUGUAUUUGUGAACACAGAUUGCUGGACGGUAACUGCCCAUCUUGCUGUCUGGCCCCAGGUUGUGUAUCCUGGCCAAUGUCUGUUCUCUUAGCACCAAUGUGGUGUAUGGGUCACUCUGUUUCUGUAUGAAAAUAACAGCUGUUAUGUUAAGACAAACUGGUAUUUUAUAAGAUUGUAUAGUAUGGGACAUUUAAAUUAAAAUAUUUGGAUUGUCUACUUAUAAAUGUCAUGGUGUUGUUUAUGCAUGAAGCAAUAAUUAAAGAUUUUGGUGUAAAAAUGCUUAAACUUCAAGCAUCCAAAAAUAUACUUAUGUCAGGAUAAGGACUUUGUCCCAGCUUACUUGGUACGCUCACAUCCUUGCCAGCCAAAUUUAAUUUUAUUAAUUACCGGGGAGGAAGGGGGGAGAAUCCAGUUUGAUAGUCUUUUACAACAUUGUUUAAUCUCUUUAAAAACUCUGAUUUUAUUACAUUUUUCAUAGUGUCAACAUUUGAAUAGUUUCAUGUACUUAGCCAGCAAGCCUAGUCGUUACAAAACGUUACGAGGCAUGCAAAAUGCAUUAAAGGGCCACCUCUUAACCCAGGGCAAGAAUUCUUUUAUUGUAAAAUAAAGAUGUGGAGAAAGAAGUUGUUGAUGUCCGUGUUAGUCAGUCUUUUACAUUGCCUUCUGCAUAGAAACUCUGUGAUGUAUCAGUAUCUUACAAUUGGCAUUAUUUAUAUUUAUUGUGUGUAGCAAUGUUCUGCCUCUAAUACAGACAAGCAUCUCUAGUUAGAUUCAAUGGAAGCCACUUAUACACAUCUGAGGAAAUAAUUUGGCUCUUGAUCAGAAAGUACAACUCAAACUACAGAAUUAAUUGGACCAGUCUGCUUUAACUCGCAUACCUCCUUAAGCCGGUUCACUUUUUAGAAAAAAAAAAUACAUGGAAGCUGCUGUGUUUGGCUAAUUCCACUCUGUUUUGCUUAUUGUCUGUUUUAUAAGAGUCCCGCCCACUGUUAUGAAACUCCAGAAAAAUGAAAAUGAUACUCUGCCAUUCAAGAAAUCACAUGCAUAUAAGAAUGGUUACCAAUGUGUGUUCAUUCUAAUGAAAUUGGUACAGAUGGGCUGUGUGCGGUGCCUUAAGUGUUAACAGAAUACGGCCCUUACUCAUAGUCAAGAUGAGUCCAAAAAUGCAUAGGGCAAAAAUUAUUUUUAAGCCUAACCACCAAUGAAUUUCUCAUGUCCUUUAAAAAUCCCAGCUACAGUACUUGCCUGCAUAGAUAAACUAUAUUCUGCAUUGUGCUAGAAGCAAUGUCUUAGCAAAGCAAGUUCUGUUAAAGUUGAAGCUCUCUAUCUAUAAUUUGUUUGUAUUCCAGUUGCACCUAGGAGUCCCAAAAUAAUCAGAAUAAUAAAGUAAUGGGUAGAAUGCUACUUUAUCCAUGCAGAACUGAAUUUCAAAAUACUAGGUUUUUGGGGCUUAUGUUUCAUCUUCCAUUUUUAUUACAAUCUUGGAUUAGCUCCAGUGCUCCAAAAUUGUUGAUAAUCAUUUUAAAAUUAUCACAUAAAUUAUAUUUAGUAUAAUUCAUGUAUUGUUUGUAAAAAUGCAAGUCACUGACCCAUAUUAACACUGAAAAUAAAUUACAGAAUGUUGUAUAUCAUGCUAGUGGGUAGCGGAGCCAGAAAGAGGUUUCACAUCAUCCAGUCUAAUCCCCUGUAUAUUGCAGGAUGUUUUACUUAAAAAUAGAGUCCUGCAAUCUCUGUACUUACAGAACUCCCAUUGCUUGAACAAUGGCUACAGCAUUGGGGCCUACUUCAUUAACUUGUCCCCUCUAAUCGGUAUCUAAGUAUCUAAAAUAAUGGAGCCCUACCACCUCUGUCGGUCUAACUGCCUGGCUGUUAUGGUCCCCAGUGCUCAUCUCCACUGGUUGGGAGAGAAGCAAAGCAAUGAAAGGGGCAUCAAGUGCCAUGAAUGGGCAGGAAGGGUGUGGAGCUGAAGCAGCACACCCUCGCUUGUCACAAAGCAGUGGACACUUUGCCCACCUACUCUUUCAGCCUCAGCAGGCUCUUGGAGUGGGGGGGAUCCAGGAAGCAGCUAUUCUCCAUAGAAUGCUUUCCCUACAGCUCUUUGGACUUCCAGCAGAUUGAGGCUCCAUGAAGCUUAGGGGAGACUCCCCUAGUCACUUUUUAAGGCCUGAAGCUCCUCUCUUUUCCCACAAAAGACAUGGCUUCGAAACCAUGAUAUUUUGAUGUCCUAGCACUUCCUUUUUGGAGUUUGUAUAUAGACAGGGUAGCAUGGAGGAGCAGUAGAACAUUUUUAUAUCUAGUCAAAACUCUUCGGUCCUUGUCUUCAUCCCAUUGCUUUUUUGUGCUAGCAAAUUCUGACCCCGUGAAUAAUUAUAUUCUUUAACUUCAAAGUAACAGGAAAAGUUAUUUAUCGCUUGCCCUUCUGUUGACCUUCGGUCUACUUUUGUAACCUAUAAAAACAUAGCUCCCUAAUUUGUUCCUUAUGUUUUAUCCUUCAGUCUUUCUGCCAUAUAGUUGGCUGUUCCUUGUAUUUUCUUUUUCUCCCAAAAUGGUAGCACCCUCUUCAUGCAGUCUACUAGGUCUGGUUGCAACAGGGCUAUUAUUACUUUUGGUAUUACAUUGAAUUCUCCCUGCAAACACACACAAAUGCCGCCUUCUUUUUUUCAUUUUGCACCAGCAAUGCACGAUCUGUCCAUUUGCAACCUAUCUCCUACCGAUUUCUGUCAAACAGGUGACUUUUCCAGAUGUACAGCCUUUUGAUUCUUUUGAUCAUUUUCUUCUCACUAGCUACAUAACUUUACACUUGUUAGUAAUAAACGUGAUCUUGUUGAAGACAAUCCACACUCUUCUUGUUUACUAUCCCUUGAAUUUUGGACAGUCUACAACUUCGGAACUUGAGAAUCAUACACCUUCCUAUACCAUAUAUUAACACAUUAAAUGGUAUGGGUCACACCUGGAGGUUUAACUGUCAAUGAGCACUCUUUAUAACGGCUAAUUUUCAGACAUGUGCUAUAUUUGUAAUCUGAUAUAGUGGUAUCAAACUUAUUCAGUGGUUCUAUACUGGAUGUCUUGUUGAAAAUUUAACAUGAUCCAUCCAGACUUCCCUUUAACUUUAUUUUUUAGAUGGAAGGAUGGUUCAGAGGUUAGGGCACUAGCACUGGACUUCAUAUCUGAGUUCAAUUUCCUACUCUGCCAGACACUUUUGCAUGAUCUUGGUCAAGUCAUAGACUCUUGAUGGUAGUUCCUUGCCUCCAUAGGGGUAUUUUGAGGAUAAAUACAUGAAAGAAUGAGGCACUCAGCUACAAUGGAAAUGGGGAAACAUAUGUACCUUACAAAUUAGCAGUCAGGUUGUAGAAGGCCACUAGAUUUUUUCACAUGCUCUUUCUAAUAAACCUCUUUUUUUAUAUAUAUAUAUAGUCUUAAACAUCUCUUCCAGUUCCCCCCCCUGUAAUAAUACACAUGAAUAUUCUGCUUGGAACAGAUGUUAUGUUCAUUGGCAGAAUUUCCUGUCAAAGUCUCCCUAAGUCUGAGCUGCUCUAACUUCUCAUGUAACUUGGGUAGAUCAAACAUUUUCAAUCCUGCCCUUCUCAGGAGGAGUCUGUCCUACUCUACCCAAUUGGUUUUCUACCUUUGUCCAUUUUGGACUUACAAGUAGGUCUGCUGCUUUCAAAACUUGGUGGUUGUGAAAUAGAGGCUGUGUUCAACCUGCAUGGCUGGGAUGUUUCCCAUGGUGACAGGGCUCACUUACCCUUUCUGCCACCAAGGCAGUUGCUUUUCACCUCUCUGCAAGCAGGGGCUGGCGACAGCAGGUAUGUUGGUUAAUAUGGGCCACAUAGCUGCAGCAGAAGCUAUCAUUCCAAUUUUAUCCCAGUCCAUGUGCAGUUCCUCAGUUGGGUCUUUAAAGGUCAACUUGGGGAGUAAACCCAUAAUAUCUUACCCAUCCUAGUGCUUCCUCUCAUGUUUGCCUCAUUCACCUGUUCAGCAGCAGGUAUCCUAAGUUGUGCAACCUGAGCUCUUCCCUCUUAUUGAAUCCCUGCUACUAGGAAGAAGAGAGAAGCUGCUGCAGCACGUGAGGGAGGGCUGUGAGUUACCAUAGCACUUGGUCUACAGUUACUGGGUGAUGUACCAUGGGCUUUCUUCCUGAGACAGGGCUCUCCCUUUCCCUGCUAUCUCCCAUUGUUCCAUUCCCCUCUCCCUUUUCCUUCUUUAGGCCUUCUGGCUCCCAAGAGCUCCCAAAGAUGCUAAAUAGUUUGGGAAAACCAGGACAUCUUCCUAGUUGCUGAUUUUUAUUUAUUUUUGGUCCUGUGAUACAUCCCUGGACACGUUCACCCUGUCAUUCCUGCUUCCCAUCAGACAAUUGACAACAAGACAUUUCCUUUAGACUACAGGCCUAGAAGCUGAACUUUCAGCCCAAGAAAAAGCCUUUCUUAAGGUAAAUGAAUGUACAGGGAGCCCAAAGCACAGGCGUUAAUUUUAUUUGUAAUUCCUUGGUAGUCCCCUACUCUGUUCCCUUUUCAUUUUUAAGUUUGAGUUCUUGGAAAUACCACAGUAGGCAGGGAAUCUCUAAAUAGGAGUGCUUUAGACGAGGCAUCCUGGUUGUGGUAUUCAGCACCCCUCCACUGGUAAUUAAAGCUCUAUUCAGACUCUUCAUUAUUUCCAGGUCUCCUAUUGUGGGGCUCUGUUUAAUAGCAUUAGACAAGCUUCAGUUUAAGGUGCAGUCAGUGAAUGAUGUUCACUGAAACAUUGUGGAACUUCUGAAUAUAUAUUCUGGAACAUUUUCCAGUCUAAGUAUAGAUCUGUCUCACCAUAGUAUCUGAGAUGCCUUCUUUCACUUCUCUCUGACCAAUGGAAAUCAAACUUCCACCCUUUUAGCCAAGUGCCUGGAGUUUUUUCCAUUCUUGGUUCAAGAUCUUGACAAUGCUGCGAAGGAAGGACCUCUACUCUAGGAGUGAUUCAGGGAGAGCCCAAGGAGUACCUGGUUUGGAGUCACUCAAUUUAAUGUUGUUUUUUUUUAUUAUUGGCUGUAGAAAAUAUAGCUACUACACUCAGGUAUAUACCUGUGCUAGAACCUCCGUUUAGUUCUAUGUAUGCUAUGUACUCUGCACUUUUGAACCUCUUCACUCUGUGCCCUUGUUUUGAUGGACAAAUAGUUGCCUUUUAAUGGCCAUCACUAAAGCUUGGGGGGCGGAGGGGGGUUUCCCAUCAUCAUCAUCAAAUCACCUCUUCUGACUCUAGUGAUAUUUUUCUUAAAAUUAUUUUGAGAAGUUCCAAGAUUUCCUCUGCUAGUUCUCUUAAAACUCUUGGGUUCAUCUUUCAAGCCCUGACUGAAGUUGAAAACUAUCAGGCAAAAAUUAAAAUCUAUUUAACUAUCCGUCUGUUGCAUUUAAUCGUUUUCCUCACAAGACUCUCAGAUCUCCUUAAUGUUGUUGAUUUUUAAUUAAAAAAACCCGAGCAGAAUAGCUAUUUUUGGAGAUCUUGCCUUUCCAGUUUUUUCUGGUGGUUGUGACCUCUUCAUUCACAAGAAGAGCCAGAUGAAACCUUGAGCUUUCACUGAAUUAAGAUUUGGUGUUGGAGAAUCUAAUGAAAAUCAGGGAUCCAGCUUGAUAGAAAUUCUCACCAUUUCUAGAUGUCUUUUUAUCCAUGCUUUUUGAUUAGGGUGACCAGAUGUCCCAAUUUUAUAGGGACAGUCCUGAUUUUUGGGACUUUUUCUUAUAAAGGUUCCUAUUACCCUCCACCCCUGCUCCCGAUUUUUCACAUUUGCUGUCUGGUCACCCUAUUUUUGAUUGAAAAAGAUUUUUUUAAAAAAACAACUGUUCCCAUGAAAAUAAGUAUAGCUUGGGCUUUUUAUGCUCUGUUUUGUGCAGUAGUGUAUAAACUGCAAUUUACAGAAUUAUUUCAGAUUUUCAUUUCCUAUCAGGUUAGAUUUUUGAAUUGUCCAAAUCUUUGAAAAGUUAGAGGUAUCCAAACUUGGAACAUAGAUUUCAAGCCAACUUUUCUGUAAAAAAGAUAGAUACCAUCACUGUAAUAAUCUAGUUCAUGUGGGCCAAAAUAAAAUGAGGAAAAACUAGAGGUUUUACAAACAGUUCUUACUGGCUGUCCAGCUCAAGCUCUCUCUCUGAUAUGUCAAACAAAAGCUCCCAACCCAUUGUUGAAAGCAAAAUUUAAAUGGUUCUGCAACCAACCCAAAGCAAUCUAAAGACACACUGAAAAUAUUUUCUUUAUGCUUCAUUUUAAGGAUCUACAAAAUCUAAUGGCUUUUAUUAUUGAAUGCUUUCUAACUUUUUCCUAGUUCAUUUACAAUGAAAACAGUCUCAAAACAUGCUUUUGGGGCCAAAAAUGUUUUUAAAGUACACCCUGAUUUUGCAUGUUGCUCUGAUCAGACCUCUACAUCUGCCUGUGUAGAAAACUUGCAGGAUCAGGUCUUAAAUAUAAAUAAAAUAGUUUAGUCCCAUUGCCUAUAGUUAGAAAGUAAUAUUAUAUGUAGGUGCCCAGUAGGUGGAGCUAAAUAUCCAGCAAUAUCAAACUGCUUACCAGUUAGCCAAAAUAAAGGCCCAGUCCUGCAAGCUGCUGAUCACCUUUCAACUCACAAUAGCAAGACCACUGUAGAAGAGAGAGAUGUGGCCAUCACAGAUCCUCUGUCCCUUUUGAAUAUGGCUGAUUAAAAUAUAAACUGUUUAAUGGGAUUUUUAGUGACCACUGUGUAAUGAUGUUCUCUUUUUAGCGAUGAAAAUUCUAAACUUAUAAUGUAGAAAUUGUAAUUGCCAUCUUAGGCCCCAACCCUGGGAGCUCUGUGACUUCACAUGUGAAUAGGGUGACCAGAUGUCCCGAUUUUAUAGGGACAGUCCCGAUUUUUGGGUCUUUUUCUUAUAUAGGCUCCUAUUACCCCCCACCCCCGUCCCGAUUUUUCACAUUUGCCGUCUGGUCACACUAUACAUGUGAAACCAUUCUCCCCUGAGUAGUCCCAUUGAACAGGAUGAGAGCCUAAAGUAAUGGACUUCCACUCAUAAGUAGAACCAAGGUGCAGGAAACUCAGUGGGAGUUAGGUCAGGGAACAGAAUUCACAUCUUCAAUCUGUGGAUGAGCCAGAGGGCUGCAACAUAGUUCCUUGGCUACAUCCACUCAUAGACUAGGGUUUUUGCACAACUGUGCUAUUUCUGCAGAGUCUCUUGCAUACGGCGCUCAAGUGGUGCAGGACAGAACAUCUUGUGUAGGUCCUCAACACUUGGGUGAAAUUCAUCUGUAGUGUGAGGUUCUUCUUAUGGGGGUUAGUGGGUACAUGAAGGUUACAUGGUACAUGUGAAAAGAAAGGUAUACAAAGAUUUGCAUGCAUUAUAUGCUGAUAUAUAGUAGUAACUAAUGCUUCUACUUUUAAAAAAGUCUUUGUAUUGCAAAAUUUCAGACUACUGUUAUUCUAAACCCCAGAUUUGAAGACUAUUUCAGAGCACAUAUAACCCAAAAACUAAGCUACAUAUUAAAAAAAGGGGAAAUUAUAUGUUAAAAGAGAAAAACUUAAAGCUAGUUUUAUGUUGUUUGUGGUGCAGUAAUGUCAGCAAUCUAGCCCUGAGCAUGAACUUCAGUAUGGUUUCUAAUAGUUAUGUUGCCUCUGACACAUUGUAUUGUGCAUAUAUACUGUAUAUACAAAAGUCAUGAAAAUCUAUAUGCCACAUAGAGACUUUUUAUGCAAAAAUAUUAUAGGUUAGAUAUUCCAAUUCUGGAAUUAUCACAACUGUUUACAAAAACAUGAGUCUGGAUGUUGGAUUUUUAAUCUGCCUUUUAGAACAUUUCAGCUGUCUAAAAUGAUCUUUCUAGCAUGGUUAAUUCACUUGUAAAUGAAUGUAUAGAAAAUUGAUCAUGAGGAAAAAAUACACUUAUUUUGCAAAUUAAGAUAUCCUAACCUACAUGAACAAUUUUUAGAUUAUUAGAAAUGUCUGAUAUUAAUUCAUGCCUUUUUAAAUAAUGACUUAAAUGUUGCAAGAUUAGAAGCGAUAUGGAAUGUAAAUAUAUUAAAAAGUUAGGCUCUGGUUCAGCCAAAAGCAUUUCAUAACGGGAGUGAACAAUGGAAGCAACUUCAAAAAAAUGCAGCAUUUAAUCUCUAGAUACCAUUGUGAAUUUUGCAUCAGUAUCCAACGUUGAAGUCAAUGGAAGUUUUUCAGUUGGUGUUGGCUUGGGCCUGUGAUAUGGUAUUUAAGCAAUUUAUUUAUUUUAUUUAAGGUAUUGACACCAAUGGGGCUAUUCACAGAGAAAAGUACUACUCAGCAUGAGUAAAAGUGCAGCAAUCUAGCCCUGAGACUGAACUUUUUCUCGAUUUGUUAGGCACAUUUGAUGAAACAGCUUAUGUUAUUCUUAUGUAGGGCUUGAUCCCGCAGGGUGCGAAGCACUUUGGCCUGAUCCAGCAAAGCACUUGCUUAACUUUAAUAUUUCCCCACUGACUUCAAUGUGUUUGUGUUUAGCUGUACAGGCCAGAGUGUUCAAUACCGUGUAGGAUUGAGCCCAUACUAAGCUAUGAUGUCAUAAUAUUCCUGAAAAACAAAAUGAAUAAAUUGUAUCAGGAAUUAUUUGGCAGUUAGGUGACAAAUAGUGUAUAACAAGUCCAUUAUGGACAAUGGCUUUGUGUGCCUAUCUAUUUAUGUGGUCUAAGAUUUUACAUAUCCUUCAAGGUAUUAGAUCUUCUCCAUUAUGUACAUGUAAUUUAUUUCUCAUGCAAGGAUGCAUUUGAAAAAAGUUGUUCCUAAUCCCUGUAUGAUAUUGCAAAAAUGAACAGCCAGUGAAUGACUGCCUUUAAACUAAAUGCUUUAUGAAAAUAUUCUUCAGCCAAGUACCUUUUAUAAAAAAAAAAAAAAAAAAACACUGAGAACCCAAGUCAAUUUGCACCUACUGUAUGUAUAGUUUCAGGACAAGACCUGAAAAGGAAUAAAAGGAAUAAAAUGUUUUGUUGCGAAAUGGAAUUGUAAUAUUGAAUUGUCAUUUUGAUAUUGAGAAGGUGAGGGCUAUUUUAAAAAUGUUACAAUGUAAAAUAUUCUGGUUGAAAGAAUAUAGGCUAUUUUGUGCUGAAGAAUGAUUGGGGGGGGGGAAACUAUUUUUGUAAGUAGAAAUUCUGCUGUGGGAAAACUGGUGCCUCUCUUGCCUGUAAUUGUUUUAUCCAUUCAGCAUAAAGUGGCUGGUUUUGAAACAUG